ACUCACAGGCUGAAACUUCAAGUCCUCCUCAAUCGGUUGCAUUCUGCAGUUCUACAGAUCGUUGGGCGAGACGGAGGCAGGAAUCCCUCGAGGUUGAUCGAUUGCUGUCAACUCGGCGAUUCGUUUUGGUGAAGAAGGGGAGCUCGAUCGGAGGCGAUCUUGUUCGAUUUGAGAAACGGUAAGCGGAGAUGAGUCUGAAGCAGAUUUUGACGUCGGCGGCGCUCAAGGGAGUGACAGAAGCGAGGGCUAGGAUCUUCGGGAACGUUCUCAACGCGACGGGGCAGAGAUCUCCUCACAAAAUCCUUCGGAAGAAGCUGAUCGGCGAUAAGGUGGCGGAGUGGUACCCAUACGACAUCAAGAAGGACGAUCCCCUGGUGAUGGGGAGGCUCGAGCACGAGUGCCUAGCGAAGCUCGAGAUGCUGAAGCACCGAGGGAAGGGCCCCCCCAAGAAGGGACAGGGCAAGCAUGCCGUUAAGCGUAGCAAAUAA